AUGCCGACCGUUACUCAAGCCCCCGAGUGGACUAUCGCCAAAGAAAAGAGACUCCCAAUUCCGCCUGUGCCACCUAAGCCGGUCACUCUGGAUUCCAUUAUGGAAGACCUGCUGCGCUGCGACAUCUACCGCUUUUUCGAGCUGGACCGCCAUCCUAACCCUCGAGGAACUUGGACCUUGGAAGAAAAUGAGAGAUAUUCGACUCCCGAAAACCUCACAUCAGCGAACGCCCUGGCCAAAUUGGACAAAGCCGCCCCUCUGGGCUACAACUCCCACCACGGACUGGCCGCUAGACGUAUAGUCAAGACGAUGCUAGUCUCUAGCCUCCUGGACGAACAAGAGACCAACAUGUCCAUGGGUAAAUCCUCGGCCUACGUGGGAAUUCAUCUGCGCCAAGCCUUCCACUGUGAAGGCACCAUUCUGGAUCUUCGACAAGAGUUUGAUGGCGCUCUGGAUUUUGCCAUUUGCAACGCCGAAGAGCUGGGCACCCAAAUCAACGCCCUCGUCUGGGUGAACCCAUAUCCAUUGAGCAUUAUGUGGCAGUGCAUCUCACUCAUGGGAGCUGUUCAUAAUGCUCGCGAGCAUGAAAACAAACGAAUCACCGCGGUUUACGGGAUUGCGACUGACGGAGAGGAAUUUUACUUCAUCGAAGUCGACGACAACGGCAUGGUACGCUACGUCUAUCCGAUCUUCGAGCAACAGCAAGCCAACGAUCCAUAG